AUGGAGGAUGAGGUGACGGAGUUGCAUUCCAUCCCCCCGACGCCGCCUCCAGAAUUGGUAGCGGUGAUGGCAGUUCACUCUCGCCCGCCGAUCUCCACUCCUCCAUCUCAGCUGCACUCUCCGUCGCUCAUGCGAUCGCCCCUGCUGCCUUCGGCGACGCCACGCAUGCGCGGGUACCUGGAGGAGAUCGGCCACCUGACCAAGCUCGACCCCCAGGACACGUGGCUCCCCAUCACGGAGUCGAGGAACGGCAAUGCCUACUACUCCGCCUUCCACACCCUCACCUCCGGUAUCGCAACAUUGCCUUCACCUACCUCGGUUUGGCAUAAUUAUAGCUUUGAUAGUCAUAUAAUAGGAAACAAUGGGAUCAAGCUUGCUGGGUUCCAUGUGGAUACCAUGCAUCUUGCACAACUUUUUGAUUCUUCUAGGACAACUGAUGAGGGUUAUUCACUUGAAGCACUUACAAGUGACCCAAAGAUCAUGUCUCAAGGAAACUCAGAUGAUGAUGUUGAAUUAAUCAGUGGAAAGAUGUCAAUGAAAUCCAUCUUUGGUAAGAAAAAAUUAAAGAAAGAUGGAACUGAAGGAAAAAUUAUCACACUUCCUCCUGUUGAUAUUCUACAAAGAGAAGAACGAAGAUCGUGGAUCAGAUAUUCUGCUUUAGAUGCAAUGAAUACAUUAAAACUUUUUAAUCGCUUGAAAGAAAAACUUAUGCAUGUACCAUGGUUUUUGAAAGGCAGUAUACAAGGAACAAUGUAUGACUUCUAUGAAAAGUGCUGGCGCCCUUUUGGUGUUCUAUUAGUAAAGAUGGAAUCUGAAGGAAUUCUGGUCGAUAAAGUCCAUCUAUCAAAGAUUGAAAAGCUCGUUGUUGGUGAUAAGCAAAUAGUUGCAGAUAAAUUCAGAUGGUGGGCAUCCAAGUACUGUGAGGAUGCCAAGUAUAUGAAUGUGGGAAGUAAUACUCAAAUAAGGCAGUUGCUAUUUGAUGACACAUCGAGGAGUACUUGGAAGACCAAAUUUACCUUGUUGGUUAUCAAGUUGCAUGUUGCAGUGAUGGAAGAUGGUAGAAGUGGUCUAUGUGUGCACCAAUCAAGGUUGUUUGAUGUUAUGAUUGUUACAUAUCAAGUUAAUCACACUGUUUAUGAACUGCUUUACCUAGGUCGAAAUGAGAUGAAUUUUGAGUCAAAGUUGUUGUCGAAGUUAUUUAAGGUCCUUAAUACUGAGAAAAUUUUUGAAGAAGGGAAGAAAGCUCCUCUCAAUGCUGAUGCUCUAAAAGUAUUUGCUGGAAACAUCCCCAGCAAUCAUAUUUAUCGGAUCGAUAAUGCAUGUAAUGAUGAGUAUGUCACUGAAGAAGGGAUAAUGGAUAACCACAAGCUGUCAGAUACAGGGACAGAUUAUGAAGACUGCUCUUAUGGUAUUGCAUUUGAGGCAUUCGGAGGAGGCAAUAAAGGAAGGGAGGCUUGUGAAGCUAUUGCUGCUCUUUGUGAAACUUCUGCCAUUGAUUCACUGAUAACAAAUUUCAUUAUUCCCUUGCAGAUCAAAGAAGCUGAGUAA